AUGACAAACUGUCCCAAGAUCCGAUCUGAUGUAUCAAGUAUCAAGAUCAUGGUGCCAGGCACCACUGGAGGUUACGAGGCUGUGACGAGCACCGCUGAUCCUCUGAGGGAGCAGGAGAAAAAGAUUAAUGGGGCCCCUCUGCAUGCACACUCGGAUCAACGGGGAUCAGGUGAGAAGGAGACUAUCCAGAUUACAGUGGAGGAUCUGGGAAUAGUUAACACUAACUUCAGCCUGUUUGAUGAGGACUCUCUGACCCCGAGGAACAGCAUGUCUCGCUCAGCGAGUUCUGUGUAUGCCUGCUCAAGAGCUCUGAAAAAGAAAAGACUGAAGCCUCUGUCUUCACUCCCUGUACAGCCCCAGGCUGAAGCAGCAGUCACUUCUAGCCAUGGAGAAGAUGAUGAGCAAGAGGAUGAAGUGGCUGUGUUGUCUGGAAGCAAGUUGGAUCCUGAAAACCUUUUGACACCACCUGUCAUCAAUCUGAUUCCACCUACGCCCUCUGACUUUGCAGAGAUUGAUAAAUUCUUUGAAAUGAAUUCAGAGGAAAGUGUGACACACACAUCUGGCAUUGAUGGAAGCGCUGCUGCUUGUGACCAGGACACUUACGAGGAUAAAACAAAGAGUGUGGAGACUGAGCAGCCAAAAAAAGUGUGUGUACUGGCUGAGAGUACGGCCAAUAGUGAAGUCGAACCUGAGAGGGGCCUUAGGGAUGAGCUUGGAGAACAAAGAGAGGCUGUGCCAAUUAAAAAUAAAGAGAAAACUAAGGGUGAGCUCUUCCGAAGCACCUUCCAGGUGGCUCCUCUCCCUGAGCUCCAGGAGAAAAGGAGCUUCAACACUGGAAUAAAUCUGUUACCAUUUACUGAGCUCAACUUGGAUGACCUGACCAACAGAGACUUAAGUUUCUCCGAUAUUCUCAAGCGUGAACUUUGCCCGCUUCCUCACACCACCAUGAUGGCUACAUUUGCUCACCAAAGGAGGCCGAUAACUCGUUCGUGCAGUCUCGAGGACAGGCUGACUAGGAGUGCCACUUUCCACGGUUUUACUCAGACCACAGAUCGACACCAUGAAGAGGAGGGGCCGCCAAGACAGCGACGAAUAACUGUCGGUGAUUCUGCAUCCUAUAUGCCUCAUUCUAAGGAUCAGAAUGGAAACUUUUCCGAGAAGGAUGUAGAGAGGCAAGUGGCCAAAUCUUUCAGGGAGCUGAACACUGAAGAGGUGUGCCAGUGGUUUACCAGUAUUGGACUACAAAAGUGUAUCCCUUUCAUCAAAGAUGCAAAUCUGUGUGGUGCAGACAUGGCGUCUGUAGAUGUGAAUACUCUGGACACCCUCCACAUUAACACACUGGAGGACAGGGAGAAGUUACUGUCGGCCAUUUAUAAUGAGCUUCACCCUCCCAGCACGGUGACUCAGAGAAUCGACUCGUUGCUCGAAUCAUUGGGGCCUGGUGAUGUGGAGACAUUCACUGCAACGCUGGUGUCAAUGACUAAGUCCAAGUCUUCUCCUCAUGUGAGCUGUUUGAGUACAAAUCGUCGUUCCUUCAAGCUAAGAAACAAUAGCCAAAACAACGCAGUGCAGAGGAGUGCUCAGCUAAUAGAGAUUACUAUCAACGCGUCAGAGCGAAUAGUUCAUCUCAGAACCCCGAAGGAAACAACAGUGGGAAAGAUUAUGGACUCGUGCAUCAAAAUGCUGGGAAUGACAGAAGACAAGAGUCUCUUCACACUAAAAGACAAGCAAGGUUCGCCCGAGGAGCUCUCACCAGAUCAACAGAUUGGGACUCUACUUCCAUCAUCACCAUCAUCAUCAUCCUCAGCAGCAGUGAGCAGUCAGCUGGAACUGCACUUGGUUAAAAGGGACAAACCAACUGCUUCUGCAUCCCGAGACAGUCCAGAGGAGAACAGCGCCAACGAAAAUCAUAACAUUAACAAUGAUACCCGAGGCAAACAGCUGGCUAAAGAAGAGCGGAUCAGGGAACUAAACCAACAAGUGGACUCGCUACAAAAUGUCAUCCGUCAGGUCCAAGAGCUCCAUCAUGGCCUGGUAGCUUUUUGCUCAGAGUUGAAGAGCAUGGAUGGAGACGCGAAUGUUGAUGCACUCGGCUCUGCUGAGCUGAAGCAGAGACUGGAGCUGGUUAACAGCCGACUGCAUGACAAGAGGCAGAACCUGCAGACCCUCAGAGACAACAUUACCGACUUCACAGCUAACAAGAAGAAGCAGUUGGAGGUUCAUCUCUUGGAAAAGAUGAAACUGAAUUGCCACGUGUUUAAGGAGGAAAUCUGCAUCGUGCAUCUCAAUCGACAGGCGGCUCAGCUCCACAGCGCUUUGCAAGAAAGCUACGUUAAGGAAAAGGCUCGAAAGAAGACUUCGCCAAUUGGUAGCCUGAGCCAGCUGGUGUCACCGCAGCGUCCGGCCAUGCUGCUGGUCGUACAGGAGAACCAGAACCCUGAUGGCCAUUACAGCUUCUCCUGUCGCUAUGGGGAAGGCAGCGGACUUGUGGUGCUCGAGGCGGACAACUCGCAGCUCUGUGUGGAUGACAGAUUGGUGGAGGUGAACGGUGUGUCGGUGGUCAACUCAACACACGAAGAGCUGACCGACCUCCUGCGGCAGGGCCCCAGCAUUCAAGUCGUCGUCCUUCGUCAGCCCCCGCCUUCCCUCCCCUCCCCUCCGUCCCUGCAGCACAUGGUGAGCUCUGAUCUGGAGCAAACAUGCUGCCCAGGGGGAGACGUGGGCAGCACAGAAACCCGUCCACAGCGCAGGGUGAUAGCCAUAUGAUGACACACAGCAGUAUUAAAACUGUCCAGUAAUGUGAGACGCCAUGUCGUCUUUUGUUGUUUUUACUGUACUGAUGACACUCUUCAUCAUAAGUUGACAGCUGCCUUUUAGUUCACAAUAUCAAAUAGCAAUAUGCCUGUUUUUCACCAUGAGUGCACCAGCUUGUUUUUGGUAUUUAUUAGCAUGAUAGCAUUUCAAUGUAUGCCUGGAGAAACAGCUAUUUUUAAAAAAAGUAAGACAAGAAAAGACUACAUUUCCCUGUUUUAUAUCAUCUUUUGUUUUCAACUAAAACAAAGAAGCACAGAGUCUGACAGUUUCACUCCACUAGAUAUGUGAUACGCAUUUCAUUUAACAUCCAACAGAGUAGUUACUGAGGGUGUCACAAUGUAAGGCUGAUUACUGUGCAUGCUUCAACUUUUUAAAAACACAUAUAGAGCUAGUCUUACAAAAGUGAUCUAAUUUAAAGGCACAUCCAAAAGCAUCCUGUCUGCACAGGUUUGUCUCUAAGAUCGUCUGGUCAGCGUUCAGAGCAAGAUAUUUCUUAAAAAGAUGAGUCACACCUCCCCUUUCUAACUUGUAAUGUAAUCCACUGUGCUGUAGGAAUAAACCCUUGA